AGUUACAAUUUUAAAUACAGUCUGCUUGUUUCGAUGUAUUUUUUAAUACUGGGGAUCAGUAAUAUGUUCCUGGAUGACUACGUUUAUUAAAAGGGCGCCAAACAAUUCAGAAACAAUGACUCCUUCAAAGAAUGCUCGCAAAAUUGAAAUGAACCAAUCAAUCAUUGAGAAUCUGCACUAGAACCAAUGAGGAACAUAAACCCGCCCUAAGUGUCUCAUAGCCUAUCAGGGCAGCUCAGUUCCUCUAUAUAGUCUCUGGUAUCGGCUGCUUGUAUCAUAUUGUAUAUUGUUGUAUAGUGUGUAGAAGAGCUUGAAGAUGGCAAGAACCAAGCAGACAGCUCGUAAAUCCACCGGUGGAAAGGCGCCGAGGAAGCAGCUCGCUACCAAAGCUGCCCGAAAGAGCGCUCCCGCUACCGGCGGCGUGAAGAAGCCUCACCGCUACAGGCCCGGCACUGUGGCUCUGAGAGAGAUCCGCCGCUAUCAGAAAUCCACCGAGCUGCUGAUCCGCAAGCUGCCCUUCCAGCGGCUGGUCAGAGAAAUCGCUCAGGAUUUCAAGACCGACCUGCGCUUCCAGAGCUCCGCUGUGAUGGCGCUGCAGGAGGCUAGCGAGGCUUACCUGGUCGGGCUCUUUGAGGACACCAACCUGUGUGCCAUUCACGCCAAGAGAGUCACCAUCAUGCCCAAAGACAUCCAGCUGGCUCGCCGCAUCCGCGGAGAACGCGCUUAAACUGCAAAACCCUUAAAACACAGUGAAACCCAAAGGCUCUUUUCAGAGCCACCGAGCUCUCUGAAAGUGUUAUAUUCCAUUAGCUUUAAACAUGUGCGGUGAACGUUACGUGUCUUGUAUUGUUUUAAAAUGUAUUAAUUGAUCGUGGUCUCUUUAUAUCAAGUGUUUUUCCCCCAACAUUGUAUUUCUUUAGAACUAACAAAUAAUGGAUGACUUAUAUACAUGGAAAGAGGGAGCCACAUUUAGACAUGAAUACAAAUCUGCUCUCGGAUUUGUGGUGAAUUUUCAGGCAGCAAGUUGAAGCCAGUAUUUAUAUCAAGUAAUAAACUAACAUUAAUACAAUUGUGUCAAAUACAUAAAAAUAAUCUCGCUAUAUAGAAGAAGCACCUACA